UUCUGUCUUCUCCAGCGAUUGGCGUUUAGUUUUUUCGCUCACCAAGCUAUGAGUUUUUGUAUGGUCAUAUGAAUGUCGAAUUUGGUCAACAAAAAAUGUAAUGGCUUAAUUGAUCUACUGUAGGUUUUUACGAGUGUACUGAUACGUAGGACACGUGACAUCCCGGCAACUUUGAGAACUAUCAGUGUUGCUAACUCCUCAGUAAGGAAAGUUGUCUGUCCUAGAAGUCGCUAAAUGACGUCAUCGCAAUUUGCAUAAUUGGCCAUGUGCAUGUAAUUGUGAUGGACUGUAGGAGAGAGGAAUAAACGUAGUGGGAGAGAAAAUGAGUAAAAAACACCCUAAAUAUGUUUAGAACUACAAAUUAACUUUUUUUCUGUCGAUUCUUUUUUUUAUGUCACAAUUCCAACCCUCCUCCUUUAUCCAGGCUUGGGACCGGCAAAAGUGACCCAAAAGAGACACUCUGACAGAGUUACUUAGUAUUUUUAGUUUGUUUUUUAGUUGUUUUUUUUACAUUUAUAUCCCGCCCUGAAUGUAAGCCAGGGUGGGAUCAGCCAGCGGCGGCUUCCCGCAUGCCCGAUUCAUUUGCAGUCUGGACGCGGAGGGGUGAACAUCUCCUGCUCUGACUGCAGCUGGGAGGGACUGCUUUGUGAGGACUGGGCUGCCUGUGAGUGCUUUGGGACUGGGGUGGGGCCCACGGCAGCACCCGCUGCUCGUUGAGAAGAAUAGAUAAAGAGGCUCUUGAUUCCCAAGUGAAUGAAAGAAAGAAAAAAGAACAGACAGAGGCAGAGUCACUUAAAGCAUAUGGGAGGCAUAGAGGAAUUCCGGUUGAACUUCCAGCCGCGGUGGAGUCGGCGAGAGUAUGACUUGAGCAACCCAGACAAAAUUAGAGGUCAGGAGGGGAUCCAGAUGCUGCCGGGGCUGGUGGGUGAGGACCCAGACAGCCAGGGGAGGCUGAAGAAGCAGCAGGAGCAGCUCAGAGAGUGGUCCGUCCAGCAGCAGCAUGAGCUGACCACAGCGCGACACCAGCAGAGACAGGAAGAGCAGCAGUAUGACCAGGACAGAGUGGACCUGGACAACAAAGCUCUCCAGCUCCAAAAAAUUGAGGAGGAGAGGAGGAGAACCAAAGCCCUCGCUACAAAGAAUUUCAAUCUGACAAUGGCAGCAGAGAAUGCAGAGAAGCGGUGGAAGGAGUGGCAGCAGCAGGAGGAGGACAACAGGACAGACAUCCUGAACCAGCUGCAGGGGGAGCUGCUGUGUGAGAGCCAGGAGCAGGGCAUCAGUGUGCUAGGUCUGCCCCGCCUCAGGCCCGACAGCUACAAGGGCCUCACAGACGAGCAGCUGCGGCACAUCAUCAACUGCCAGCAGCAACAGAUAGAUGAGAAGAGGAGAAUUCAGGCUGAGCAGCAGCAGGAGGAGCUCCAGCAGGACCGGUUCCGUGUGGCCUCGGCUCGAACUGCCCUACUAAUGGAGAGACAGCAGGCCCGCAUCAACAAGCAGCUCCGUCGCACGCAGGAUAACACCAACGCACAGCUGGCUGAGGCCCACCAUGAACAGAAAAAGUAUUUGGAGAAGGUGUACACUAACAUCCCAGAUGACAGUUACUUCUCCCAGUUCAACACCAGCAGUCGAUAAAGGAUGCCUUACUCUGCCAUGCAUUAGACUAUUAUAGAAAAAUGUUUCUUGUAUUAAAAAGUGGAUAAACAAAGGAAAAAUUAACAAUUCUGAUGUUUUCCUUCCCUUAAUUCAAAACUAUUUGACAACUGUAUUUUUUUAAUCAGAAGUCUUCAUAGAAAAGUGUGUCUGAAUAAGGCAUUGCCUACUGUUCUGCAUGCAUUUGUCAUAACGUGUCCCUUGUUAAAAUAAGAGUAUCUGUAUAAUGAAUUAAAUCUGUACAAAACAAAUGCACAUUACCAGCAUAAAAUGCUAUUAAAGAAAUCAGACUA